AUGGACCUGCCUUGUGCCCUUUUGUGGUCCUCCAUUCCAGUUUGCAUCUUUGGGUUUAUUGGAAACGUGCUGGUUAUUCAAAUUGUGUACAAGUCACGAGUGAUGCAUACGCCUACGAAUUUUCUUUUAGUGAACAUGGCUGUUAGCGAUGUCAUCGCCAUUUUGCUGUUUCUCAUACAUGACUUAACCACUUAUCUUCUAUAUGAACAUAUCGGUGAAAAUUUGCUUAACAUCGCUUGCAAGUCUAUUGUCGUCAUUACAACUUCCGCAAUGGUUUCAUCUAUAACUCUGGUUGUGCUUUCUGUAGAAAGGUAUAAUGCUUUGUUGAAGCCUUUCAACAACGGUUUACGGUUAAACGAAGACAAUGUAAAGAAAGCCAUCAUUUUCAUUUGGAUCGCAAGCGCUCUUCUUUCUUUACCAAAUUUUUUCCUUGAAACGUGGAGUGAAGCAUACUCUACUUGCUCUGGUCCAUUUAAUUAUGACGAGAGUCGAACAAGCAGAAUUUAUUUACUCGUGUAUGCUGCAAUAUUCUACAUACAAGCAACGAUAAUGUUUUUCUGCUACGGGUCGUUGAUACGUGGGCUUUACUUCACCAACACAGUGUGUCCAGAAACGGAUGGAGAGAGACGUUCGGAGAAAAGAAAGCUAGUUGUCACAUUUCUCCUAGCGUCUGUGGGCUUUUUAAUAGGUUAUGGACCUGGUAUAAUUUUGGCUACACUGGUCGCAUCCCAACAUGGUGAAAACGUGGACUUUGACACGUACUAUGUUCUCCUUAAAGUGGUUGAGUUUUUAUUUGGGUGUAGUUUAUGUCUUAACCCUAUUUUCUAUGCUUUUCGAAGUGAACGUUUUAAAGAUGGCUUUAAACGUGUCCUGGGUUGUCGGUAA